AUGCUCUCGAAUCAGAGAGCUGGUCUCAUGGCUUUUCUGCGAAAAAAAACGCAACCGCCAUUCACAGUGAGCAUUCGAGCGCAACUAACCGCACUGGUGUGUUUAGUGGCCAUACUGUCGUUGAUCAUACUUGCAGUAAUCACAGGAGUGUAUUUUACAUCUACCUAUAAAUCUUUAAGAGCUGAUCGACUUCAAGUGGCGUCACAACUGAAAUCCUCGCAGAUCGACCAGAAUAUCAACUUUUUGUACUACCAAAGCUACUGGAUGGCAUCAAGAGAUAUUUUACAGGAUGCGUUGACAGAAUAUUUAGCCGGCAAUACCAGCGAGGAAAACUGGUACGAUGCAUCAACGUCACUAGACAAAUUUCUGAGCUCUUCCAAUCUGUUCAGUGCAGCUCGUGUUUACGACUCGAGCUUCAAGGACGUGUUGAAUGCUACUAAUAACGGAACAGGAAACCUUAUACCUGAGGAAGUGCUCGCAAGGCUUUUUCCACUCUCUACAAACGAGCCACUGCCGUCUUCACUGCAAGGCACUGGGUAUCUGAGUGAUCCUGUGCUAAAUGGCACAGACACGUAUUUGAUGUCGAUGUCUUUGCCGAUCUUAGCAAAUCCAUCUAUUAUCUUGUCACAAGACAUGAUUUACGGUUAUUUGACAGUAGUGAUGUCAGCAGACGACUUGAAGUCCGUAUACAAUAGCACUGCCGCAUUAGACGACGCGGCCGUGGUGAUCGUUUCCACGGUCUAUAAUAAUAGUGAUUUGGCUGGAUUCCACUUGGUCUUUCCUCCCUAUGGCUUGGAUUCAGAAGUCACUGACUUUCUUUUCCCAUUCGAGUCAGCGUCUUUUCUGAAAGAUGCGCUACUAGAAAACAAGAACGGUUCCAUCAAAAGCGGGAAGUUCCUCACUAACAAAAAUGUGGCCAUUGGAUACUCAUCGUGUGGAUUUGAAAUCGGGUCGUGGGCCGCUUUGAUAGUGCAGCCGGAAAGCGUGUUUCUCUCCCCAUCAACGAAGCUCACCAAAAUCAUUGCUGGUACCGUGAUUGGGAUCGCUGUGGUUAUGUGUCUGAUAACAUUUCCUCUAUCGCACUGGGCUGUGCAACCCAUUGUACGACUUCAAAAGGCAACAGAAGUUAUAACAGCUGGAAGAGGCUUGAGGUCCGAUGGUAGCACUUUGUACAGUCAUAAACGUACCAGCACAGCGGAAUCUUUCAACUCGCUUUUCAGGUCGGGUUCAAUCCGCCGUUCAGGCUCGGUAGUCCGCUCCAUUGGUUUUCAACCAGAUCAUGAUGGAAUUGGUGCCGCGGCUGGAAUAUAUCCCGGAAAGAAUGCUCCAGGAGAUUUAGAGAAGACUCCCGAGGGUCCGGCACCCACAGAGCUACGAAAUGUUCGAUCAGCGGCGAGCGGAUCUAUUCUCAGUGAUUCGCGCUUCACUGGAGCAGACCAGUUCAACACUUCCCACUUGGUAGAAGUUAGAGUUCCGGUCUACAAACGGUACUUUUCUGAUGAGCUAUCUGAACUAACCGAGACGUUCAACGCAAUGACAGACGAACUUGACCGCCAUUAUGCUCUUCUCGAAGAUAGAGUUAGAGCGCGUACGCGUCAAUUGGAAGCAGCUAAGAUAGAGGCAGAAAAAGCUAACGAAGCUAAAACAGUUUUCAUUGCCAACAUAUCACACGAACUGCGGACUCCUUUGAACGGAAUUUUAGGUAUGACGGCUAUCGCCAUGGCGGAAGAAGAACUGCCGAAGGUUAAGAGCAGUCUGAAGCUUAUUUUCCGAUCGGGAGAACUGCUUUUGCAUAUUAUGACGGAACUCUUGACCUUUUCUAAAAAUGUUUUGAAGAGAACCAAGCUUGAAGAAAGGGAUUUCACAAUUCAUGAUCUCGCCUUGCAAGUGGAAUCUAUCUUUGGGAAAUUGGCAAAAGAUCAACACGUCAAACUGACUAUUUCAAUUGUGCCCAAUGUACUGAGAACCAUGAUGUUGUGGGGAGACUCUAACAGAAUUGUACAGAUUAUCAUGAAUUUGGUCUCUAAUGCACUAAAGUUUACUCCUGUUGAUGGUAAAGUUGACGUGAAAUUCACACUGAUAGGCGAAUACGAUGAGGAAAGAAGCAAGGCUGACAAUUACAAGCACGUUUACGUCUUGCCAGUUAGCGGGAAGGCAGACGAUGAUGAUAAUAACAAAGUCCGCGAAAAUAUCGCCAACACAUCGGUUGCAAGUGACAGCUGGCCAUCCUCUCCAUCUUCUCGCGACAUGCACGAAGUCAAGAAGGAUGAGCACUCCAGCGAGGACGGAAAUUCAAUUAGAGAUAAGGAGGGCGAUUCUGCGGCGGUCGAAGAGGAUGAUUGCGAGAAUGCAGACGAAGAUGAUACCAAGUCGAUAGAAACAGAAUCUAGUAGCGGAUCUUAUGAUGGCGCUCGUUUUCAAUCACAACUCUUCAAGGACAAUAACGCCGACAAUGGCGAUGACUACAAAGAUGUUCGAGAGUUGAAAGAGCCUAAAAAGUGGACCAUCUCGAUGGAAGUCACUGAUACCGGACCCGGCAUUGAGACCUCGCUGCAAGAAAGCGUCUUCGAACCCUUUGUGCAGGGUGAUCAGACAUUAUCUAGACAAUACGGGGGUACUGGACUAGGGCUGUCUAUUUGCAGACAAUUAGCAACCAUGAUGCAUGGUACGAUGGUGUUGCAAUCCAAAGUAGGGGUUGGAAGUAAGUUCACUUUCUCUGUACCCUUGACACAGAUUAAAGAAAUAUCUUUUGAAGGCGUCAAGGAUCCGUUUGAAGACGAAUUCAAUCCAAAAAGUAAGAAAAAUCGCAAGGUGAAGUUCAAGGUUGGCAAACCCAAAGAACAAGAAGCACCAGGAACAUCUUCGUCCACCAAUGACAGUUCUUUAAAAACCUCGAACAUUUCUGAGAGCGAAACAAGCGUGGGGAGCGUACGUGUUGACCGGCCCUUUUUACAAAGUACAGGUACAGCCUUAUCGUCCAACACAGUCCCACUAGCGGCGAAAACUAAUGAAUGCAAAAUUUUAGUUGCGGAGGAUAACAACGUGAACCAGGAGGUGAUUAGGCGUAUGCUCAACCUGGAAGGUUUGAAUGAUGUGGAUCUAGCAUGCGAUGGACAAGAUGCGAUUGAGAAGGUGCAGGCUCAAAAUGAAGCCGGCAGACAUUACGAUUUAAUAUUCAUGGAUGUUCAGAUGCCCCGUGUGGACGGACUCUCAGCUACGAGAAAGAUACGCGGGGAUCUCAAUUACAAUCAUCCUAUAGUUGCAUUAACAGCAUACGCAGACGAUAAGAAUAUCGAAGAAUGCUUGGAAGCAGGUAUGAACGGCUUCUUGUCAAAACCUAUCAAAAGACCAAAAAUCAAGUCGAUUUUGCAAGAGUAUUGCCCGCAACAUAGUCAAAAGGAUAAAGGGAACUGA